AUGAAGCAAACGCAUUGCGCUGUCUUGCUGCUGUUGCUGGAUUGCGGAUCUUUCGGAGCCAAAGCAUCGCUCGAUGCACUGCGCCACAGUGACUGUCACUCGAGCACGGUAUCGAUGGAAACACAAAUCCUCGAGAAUUAUCUCACCAACCAGCACACCGUCACAGUGAUAGAAUCGAGCAACGAAAUUCCGAUCAUGGCGCCAUACUGUCUGCGCAAUCCCGUGCCUUUGAACGCUUUCACUCUUCAUCGUUUUCAACUAUUUGUCCAGCAAUCGUUAAAGAAAAACACCCAGCAGUUGGAGUACCGCAUGAACGAGUGCUUUGUCGGAUCCGGUAUCAUUGAGGAGCUGCUAACGGAGCUUUUUCCCUAUCUGUCGCAGUACAAUCCGCGUGCAAAAGUGCUCCUUAUUACGCAGGACAUGGUUGAUCGAGAGCUGGUCGAGCUUUUUCACGUCGCCUGGUACAAGUAUCGACUGCUGCAGAUUAUUGUGCUUAAUCGCCACGGUAACGACACUAUAGAAAGCUGUGUGUUUAAUCCAUUCCGGAAGGAACUGUCGCCGGAGCUGCAAACUUUGCCAACGUUCAAAUCCAAUCUGCACUGCAACCUGCUGGUGGAUGGCACCGAACUGGAAUCGUACAACCGAGAGUUGAACCUUUUCAUCAACGACAGAGUGUACAAUCUGAAUGGAUAUCCGCUUAACAUUGCGAUGCACGUCAGCAACGGUUCGACGUCGGCCUACGACUGCAUACUGGGGUCGGUUAGCUUCACUGACAUCGAUCAGGAGAUUCUGUCCAUUAUGCAAAAGCUCAUGAACUUUAGCCUGGUUCUACACAAAAAUGAACUGGAACUAUCGAUCGGAUACAUCCACCAGAAUGGGACACCGGUGGGGACGCUUGGACUGAUCGAAAACAAUUUGAUCGAUCUGGCCGCUAACUCACGCAUCAUUCACAACUAUGAUACAAAGAAUUUGCUCUACCUGCACUACAUAUCCACGGAGAAGCUGGUAUUCAUAACGCCACGAAACUUUUUCAAAAAUCGAGACAAAACGCAGGUCUUUAUCAACCCGUUUAGCGUGGCGUACAUGCUCACGAACGUGCUGCUCUCGUUCGGUGUGCCGAUGAUUAUAUUCCUGCUCGAGUGCGCCGCCUACAGGCUGGACGUUCCACGUGAAACGCAACACUCGUCGUUUGGUACCAAAGUGCUCAAUUUGGUGGGCAUUAUCUACAACGUGUCGGUGAAAUUGCCCCGGGCGGCACGCAAGCGUUGGAUUAUUGUUGGCCUGCUGGUUUACAACAUCGUAUCGUAUCCGAUCUGGCAGGGCGUUACGAUCCGCUACCUUCAUCCGAGCAAUCAGCAGGUGAACAACAUCAACAGCCUGGAGCAGUUGGUUGAAACGGACCUCGAGCUCAAGGUGUCCCACUACCACGAGCAUAUGGUGCGGCACGAAGGACCCCACCUUCUAAAUCCCGUCUACAGCGCGCUAUCAAAUCGGUUGUCGACGAAAAAUACUUCCUCAUUGCGCGAUUCCAUUGAGCAGAUCAUCAUUCACCGCAAUUCGGCGCUACUGAUCGCGGACGAAUAUGUGCCCCUUGUGUUGGCUGGCAAUUACAAGUGGAUACCGGGGAAGCCGGAUGGCAUAUGGCCGAUUCAGAAGCCGAUCUACGAGUUUUAUAAAUCGAUGGCCGUCCCGAAGACUUCGCCGUUCGUUGGCACGUUUAAUGCGAUUGUGCUGCACUGUGUUGAGGCCGGUAUGAACGAUCGGUUCAUGCAUCAGCUUGAAACGGUGGUUCAGUUAAUGAAAAUUAGACGCAUCCGGGAGCAUCCUUCCGUACCGGAUUACAUCGUCUUCAAUAUGGAGCAUUUGUUGCCGCUGUUCAUUUUCUACUUUGCGAUGCUCUUACUUUCGGGGGGAAUUUUUAUCGUUGAGCUUAUCGCGAAGCGGAUCGAACGUGCGCGCUCUCCUCCACACGUGGUACAGCGUGCCGAAGAGUAUGUACCGUUUGAUUUUACCCUUUGA